AUGACAAAGUUCCAGAGUUAUGAAUUUGAUCAACCCACAGACAAAGUUCUCGUGAGAUUUGAAAUCUUGCUUUUAGAUAAACGUCUACAUCGGUUCAAAAGUAGAUCGAUCACAAAUGCGAAGAAAAGCUUUAGCAAGCCAGUGAAGGAAACGCGCAAUUCUAGCUGGAUUGGAGGCUUCAGAGUAGCAAGAUCAAAGAGAGAAAUUUUGAGCCGCCCAUCUUACAACAUCUCUUUUGAAGAUGAUGACACUCUUUUUACAAAAGUAGCACGAAAACUCACAAAGACUAUAAGAUCUUUCAAAGAUAAGCCUGGAAUGGAAUCUUGGCGCUUGGCCGUACAGCGAAUCAAAAAAGUUGGGGCUGUAGCACGAGCACUAAGUAAAAGGCGGAAGGAGCUGAAGAGGAGACUGAAGCAUUGGAUUGAAAAUACACCGGAUGAGUUUAAGGACCCACGAAAAGAUGCAGCACUGAAUCAGAUGGAAGCUGCAGAAAGAAAAGCAAAAUUGCAGAAGUUGCUAGCAAAACGUAAAGGAGAUGAGGUGAAGAUACCAAUGAGAUUAUUGCGAGAGUCUAUAAAGAUGCUCUUGAUUGCCUCCGGUAAGAACGUAACUAACUUUGACAAGAAAACGAUAAAGUUAAUCUCACCAAGAUUUUUGAGUUUGGUACCGGAACAGGAUGAUGACGAGCUGUUCAAUGUCCUCUCACCUUCGUUAUUCUCCCUGCAUCAAGAAGGUAACGAUGUCGAGAAAGCUAUGUCACUUCAUCAUAUGCUGAAACAGUUACCCAACAAAGAUCAAGAAGCUUGGCUUGACUUUAUUGUAGAAGCGGCAGGUGUCACUGAUGCAGUUGAUAAAGUUGAGAAAGUGCAGAAAGGCAUGCGCGAUCGAGAAAUGCUCAAUGAAGACGGUGUACCUUUGUACUUCACGAAAGAAAAUGCCACCAUGAUUGUUGGAGAUAUAGAAAGAAGAAAGAUCGAAACAUUCGAAGCGCUGGACAGGAGCUACACUCUUGAUCAGAGAGAUGAUCUGGAGCGGCUCGGCUAUGCUUUUCUGAACACCAAACAGCUAAAUAUUAUCUACGGUCCAGAUUCUCCGUACAACAAGUCGGAUUCUUUGAAGUUAUUUACGAAACUUCGACGUUACCGAGACGAUCCUCAUCAUUUGAUAGAUCGCGAAAUUCGUCUCUUAGCAGAAGCGAAGAAAUUUGGCCUCUCCAGACGGAAAACAAUCGCCCUAUCUCCUUUUGUACUCACAUGGUUGGUGUUUCAAUCAGAAGCCUUAUCACAGACAGUGGUAUUAUCUCCAUUAGUUCUGUCUCCCAUCAUUCUUUCCCCUGCAGUACUCGGUCCAAUCAUCCUAUCUCCUUGGGUUAUGUGCCCAAUGGUUUUAUCACCUCGUGCUCUUGGUCCGCUUAUAGUCAAUCCAAUCAUUUUUUCUCCAAUCAUACUGUCACCACUGGUUUUGCACCCGCUCAUUCUUGUACCAGGAGUGUUCAACCCACUCGUGCUUACACCUCUUGCACUUUCUCCGUUAAUCCUUUCACCUCAAGUGUUCACUCCACUCAUAUUAUGUCCAAUGGUUCUAAAUCCUCUUAUUCUUACUCCUAUGGCUGGGUCUCCUUUGAUUCUGUCACCUUUUGCCCUUUCACCUCUCAUUCUUUCUCCUCAGGCCGUUUCUGCAGUAGUGCUUUCGCCGUAUGCCCUUUCACCUUUGAUAGAAUCUAAGCUCAUUGCAACUGAAGUAGUUUUGUCCCCAAGCUGGCUCUCAUGA